GAAACAAGAUGGCGGGCAAACCGAACUGUCUGAUUGUCUGCAGCUCYUCGCGCUCAGGCGUCUCUGCACAGUCUUUUAUUCCAGCCUUUACWCUAACUCAUUCAGCUUUUAACGUGCAGAUUGCAACGCCAAAAGGRCAACCGAUAGAAUAUAUUGAWGCAGACGAGAGUAAUAAAAAGUGGCUUAAUGAAUUCAAAUCGAAACCUUUCUCAGUUCCUGGAAAACUGGAGAAUGUAGAUGCCCUGCGCUAUUCUGCUGUCCUCAUUCCUAAUGCCCCAGGGGCUCUYCAUGAUCUGGUAAAGGAUCAAGAACUGUCUAAACUACUAAAUAUCUUUAUCAAAGAAAGAAAACCAAUAUGUGCCAUUGGACAUGGCAUUGCUGGUCUGCUAUCAGCRAGAAAGGAUGAUGGAAAAUGUUGGAGUUUUAAGAAUUAUAGCAUGACAGCACCAUCAGUCAUGGAGCUGUGUCGCACUCAAGAAUUCUCUGGUUUACCAAUCAUUCUUGAAGACAGUAUUAAAGAUAACUGUGGAGCAUACAGUGGUAUGAUGAAUGAAUGGAUGAACAAAUGA